AUGAAUUCUGAUGAUAUAAACUUUCAAGAACCACCGUCGCAACGUGGUCUACAAUUUAACGAUGCUAUACUGAAUGAAAGAAUCUUUUCAUCCAAAAGAUCGAGAGCCGGGUUUCUUGGAGUCAUUACUCGUGUCCGAGGACAAAUUGAAAUCCUUUUGUCAAAUGUAGAGAACGCACAGACGGUUCAAAUACAAUUGCAUCGAUAUGAUGAUGCAUGGCGCAAAUUUGAAGACACACACAACGGUUAUCUAUCAUUGAUUAGUCCGCAUAGUUAAGUAUUUUCCGAUGCCGUUCAACUGUAUAACCAAUUGUAUACAGAGAAGGCUAUAAUUAUUUUCAAAUCGUGUAUCAAAAUACCUACAAAACUGUGAAGAGAACCCUAUAAACUAUGUCUCCCCAAAUGUAACGCUAAGUACAAUACAGAAAGAGCAUGUGUAUGCCGAAAGUGUAACUUCAAAUAGAUCAAGUAUAUCAAAGGCAUCAAGUCAAUCCUCACGAUCAUCAGCACAAGAAAAAAAGGGUGCAAGCAGCUAAAGCAAAGUUGGCUUUACGUUUAGCUGAAGUUGAACGACAUCGAGUUCUCGAAGGGGAAUUUAGGGUUCAGGACAUAGAAAGGAAGCAAAGAGAAUUAGAAACGCAACAGAAAUUGGAGGAAGAAGAACUUGAAAGGACGAGAAGAAUAGAAACCUUAAAACAAGCUGCUCUCGCGAAUUUGGAAGCACAGCUGCAGAAGCAGUUCGAUAGCUAUGUAGAAGUCGACAUAGAGCUGGAGACAGAAAUCGGGGGACGAAUCUCUUCUGAACCUGCAGAAGUAAUUUCACUUACCCAUUUACACGAAGUCCAGAAUCCAGACAAGGUUACGACAGACAUGGCAACGAGAUAUUCCUCCAGAACUGAUACGACGUAUCCAUCGGUAUUUAAUAGCGAUCCACAACACGAAGGCAACCAUUUUCCUCAACGCCAGCUACAGCUAACGAACCGGCUCGACCAGAUGUAA